GUCCGAAGAAAUACUCAACAUGUCUGGAAGAGGCAAAGGAGGCAAAGGUCUUGGAAAAGGAGGCGCCAAGCGUCACCGCAAAGUUCUUCGUGAUAACAUCCAGGGUAUCACCAAGCCUGCAAUUAGGCGUCUAGCUCGCCGUGGUGGUGUGAAGCGUAUCUCUGGUCUGAUCUACGAAGAGACCCGAGGUGUGUUGAAGGUUUUCCUGGAGAACGUGAUUCGUGAUGCUGUCACCUACACUGAGCACGCCAAGAGAAAGACCGUGACCGCCAUGGAUGUCGUCUAUGCUCUCAAACGCCAGGGUCGUACUCUGUACGGUUUCGGCGGUUAAAUAACAGAUCUGUUCCUAGACCUAAACCCAAAGGCCCUUUUAAGAGCCACCCAAUUCCUUUCAAAAAGCGGUGUUCUAGUUUGCAUAGAGUGGCGAAAAUAUUAAUGAGUAACUGGACUAAAUACAUACAUGGCCAAUAUCCUUAGCCCUUUAUGAGCAAGUUUAUAGUGUAGCCUACCCUCCAAAUGUAGCCCAAUCUUAUCAUUUUUGCAUUCGCCUGCAUGUGUAGCUUUCUAUAAAAACAGGUUGAACAAUUGCCAUUAAAACCUGACUGUCACAAAGCGCCAUACAAAUAAAAUACU